CUCUGCAAAGAUGGCUGCCUUGGUGUAAAAUCAUUUCCCUGCAUCCGUUCCAUGGGAGCUACACCACAAUGUCGAAUGGCUCUGGUUUCAUUGUGCGUGAGAAUGGACUCAUUCUAACCAAUGCCCAUGUCGUUGGCAACAAGCAAUCUCUUCGUGUGAAGCUGCAUGACGGAAGGGAAUUCGAUGGCGUGGUACAAGCUGUAGAUCCUGUCUCAGAUCUAGCAACCAUCCAAAUUCAAGCUAAAGGCCUCCCAACACUACAGCUUGGUAAGUCUUCCUCCCUAGAGCCUGGGGAAUGGGUGAUAGCAAUGGGGAGUCCGCUUGCCCUCAGCAACACUGUGACCGCUGGCAUCGUCAGCACUGUCCAUCGAGGCAGCAAGGAGCUGGGCAUCCACAACAAGGACAUGGAGUACAUACAGACUGAUGCUGUCAUCAAUUUUGGCAACUCGGGAGGGCCGUUAGUCAACCUGGAUGGAGAGGCUAUUGGCAUCAACACAAUGAAGGUGACCACAGGAAUCUCGUUUGCCAUCCCCUCUGACUAUGCAAGUGAAUUUUUGGUGAAAGCUGAUGACUUAUUGAAUAGAGCCAAAAGCAAGUCCCGAGGCUGGUUUGGUACAGGGAGUGGCGCCAAGGCACGUCGGUUCAUGGGCAUCACGAUGUUGACGCUGACGCCGAGCAUCUUGAUGGAGUUGAAGGAGAGAUCGGGGGACUUCCCUGAUGUACAGCAUGGAGUUUUCGUACACAAGGUCACGCUCGGGUCACCAGCUUAUAACGGCGGGAUCCACCCCGGGGAUGUGAUAACGCAGAUCAAUGGCCAGGACGUCCUCUCCUCCUCCGACGUCUACAGCGCUGUGGAGAACAACCACACGUUGCGUGUGUGUGUCAUGCGGGGAGCCAGGAAGACAUUGCUGGUGGUCCACACGGAAGAGGUGGACUGAUCUGGGAUGUAAACAUCAUCAACAACAACUAGUCAACAACAACGGACUCAUUUAUGGCAAUAUUUUAUAUAUGAGAAUGUGCAUGCAUGAGACUUGUUGAAAGGUUCAUUUUUCAAACUUCUUUUACCAUGAGCAUGUGGUAGUCUUCAAUCUCAUUAUACUCAGGAACAGGUUCUGACAUACAUUCAUUAACGAAUGAGUUCAUUAAACCCUAAUAGUUCAUUAGUUAAUUGCUGAAUUAUCUGGUUUGUGUAAAGCAGUCCUAAAACUAUCGUUAAUUCGGCUUAAAAAAAUAAAAUAAUUGGUCCUCAGGCAAUGACUUUUGAAAAUAAAGUGCAGGCGGGCAGUGUUGUUAUACAUUUUUUUGGCUUGUUUAAAAUAGUGUGUACCCAAAUAAACAGUUGUGUCCCAUCAACCUGGGAAAGGACCUCCCUAUAUGAACAAGCAUACAAACUCCUAUUGCUGCCAUGACUAUAAUACUAGAUGCACCCUAAAGCAGUGCAUUGUAUUAGGAUUUUUAAUUUUUGUGGAAAUGGAAAUAAAAACAAAACGUGUGGCAUUCUUUAUGAUGAUGCGGGCGGCGCCUGAGAACCAAGACUAUUAUAUUUUUAGCCUUAAUUAUCAUUUAAUUGUAAGAUUUCCAUUAUCAUGGUAUAAAAUUGGGGUAAAUUCCCACAAUUCCGUUUUAUAUAACAAGAACUUUCUCCUUCCUGUCAUCGGCCAAGUGACUCGAGUAGUAACCAUUGUCUCAACUCAAACAUUUGGCAUGUCAUAAUUGUUUAUGUAUUAGUACAUAUUAUUUGGCAUGUUUGGUUUAAUGAUAGGUGAACGGUACCCCAAACAUCAAUUAAGUUAAUGGCUUGUUUAUGUAUGGAUGUUGUUCUUCAAAGUUCGACACUACCAAAUUUAAUGGCAGUUAAAGGAGAAUUAAGGACAUGUUAAUCCUUCUUUAUACUUUGAUACAAUUGUUCAAGUGUAUUAGUCAAAUCAAUAACGCUCUGCACGAAGAUCUGACAAUUCCUUCACUGAAGGUCACAUCAAAUGAAACCUGAGUGAACAUUGACUGACACAUUUAAGUAAAAAUUCUUUAGCCAAUCAGAUAUUUGCUUUCUAAGACAAUUCGCCACGAUUUAUUUAAUGUCUCGAUUUAGAAAUCUUGAUUUUAAGAAAAGGAAAGCCAUACAGAAAUAUUCCUUCAGUGGGUGCAGAUGCCAUGGAGCACAAUAGGGUGUAUAAAUAUCCAUGACAGUACAAUGAGAUCAUCCUUUAUUAUCUACAUUCAGAACUGUCCAAUUAAGUUUAAUAUCAAGAUACAGAAAUGAAUGAGAUAUCCUGAUCUCCCAAUGGAGGUGUUGUCAGAUCUUCAAGCAGAGUGGUACCAUAUCAGAAUUGGAGGUCUGAUUUUAAGUGAUUGUUGGUUAGAGGAUUUGUUUUCCCAAACUGAAUGAAAUAACAGUUUUAUAUAGUGUUCUUUUAAUAUGUGAUUUAUUAAAAGAAUGUUGGUCAGGGGCAACAAAGAAAUACAUGAAAGAGUGCAUGGAGGAAUGAUGUUCCUCCUUUACUGAACUUUUACUGAAGUUUUCUUCAUUACUGUCAUUAAUUUGCAGACUUAAUAGAAAUACAGAACAGUUUCAAUACUGGUACUUUUAUAUUAUUUUCAAACCUUGUUAUAGUCAGCAUAUUCAUCAACCAACUACAGUCAAGUCUCAUUAAUCCAACAGUCUCGCACUCCGACUCCGACACACCUAACUUGCAACAAAUUACCGAAAUCACUCAUUAAUCAGUCUUGUUAAUCCGACACACUGAUCAGCGUACUCUGUGGUCAUCUGCCCGCCAGUACACAGCCCGUCAGUACACAGCCCGCCAGUACACAGCCCGUGUUUUGAUGCCUGCAAAGAUAAACUUUUUUGUAUAUUUUUUUAUUGCAUGUUUGUAUCAUUAUCUUUCAUGUAGUUGUCCGAUUUUCGAUCACGAACGUUGAUACAGCUUAAUUUCGUUUAUCCGACGUACUUGUUAAUCCGACAUAAUCAUAUGCAACCAAUAUAUGUCAGAUUAACGGAACUUGACUGUAAUAAAAAAGACAAGAGCACCCUUAUUGUUUGGGACAUGGGUUAACUGUAUUAAGAUUGUUGAUAAACACCAUAUUUGCCUUUUUAAAGAUGCAUAUAUAUUUGAUAUUAUAUGUUUUCCAGUUGUUGAUAUUGGCACUACUUAGUAAAAGUACAAGAUUUUAUGGAUGGGAUGUGGGUGGCCUGAAGCGAUGUCUUUGUAAUGGGUGUUGGAAUAAAUCAUUU